AUUCACUAGUGAGUAGUGAGUAUUGACAUGCCUGUUGUUGUUUCGUUCUCUCCAGUUCUUGUUUAUUCUGACAGAUCUUCAAACAGCUGUGCCGCCUUGAAAACCAUUGUCUCUCUUCUCUCUCUUAAUUCUUGUUUAGAGAGAGAGAGAGAGAGAGAGAGACUUCUGUCUGCUGCCUUCUUUGUUUUGCUUGUCACUGAAAAAUUCUACUGAAUUCCCACUUGUAUAAUUUGCGGAACCCUUGCUCUUUCUCGAACCUCGUUUUAGUUUCCUUGUAGUUUUGGCUGUAAUAUAAAAAGCCCGCCGCAGUUUAUUAGACAUCAGCUUCAGCUUCAGCUACCUUCGUCUGGGUUUUAUCGGAAUAGUAAUAUUGCAGUUUGCAGCCAGGUUAAAAUUUUAUUUUGCAAGUCUAAUUCAGCACUAUAUAGCAACAGAUAAAUCUCGAGAAAUUAAAAAAAAAAAAAACAAAAAAAAAAAAAACAGAUGAUUUUGUCAUGUUGUCGUAUUGGCCGUAUAAUUGGUUCAUAGAUAACAAGGCGGCUUAGAUUUGGUUAAGCUAUUUUGGCGUAUAUCACUUGGUACAAGCUAAGUACAGAUAAACAAAAGAAAGUUGGGUGUUUGUUUUCUUGAAAAAAAGAAAUGGCUAUGGUGGGACAGAUGAUGCAGAGGGAGAAUAGCAGUGGAAGCAUAAAUAAGCAUCUCGAUUCCGGAAAAUAUGUGCGUUACACUACGGAGCAGGUUGAAGCUUUGGAAAGGGUCUACUCCGAAUGCCCCAAGCCGAGCUCUCUUCGCCGGCAGCAGCUUAUUAGGGAAUGCCCCAUUCUUUCCCACAUUGAGCCCAAACAGAUCAAAGUCUGGUUCCAAAAUCGCAGGUGCAGAGAGAAGCAGCGAAAAGAAUCCACCAGACUACAGAGUGUGAACCGAAAAUUGACCGCCAUGAACAAGCUACUCAUGGAGGAAAACGACCGCCUUCAAAAGCAGGUUUCCCAGCUCGUAUGUGAGAAUACUUACAUGCGGCAACAACUGCAGAGUGUAUGUAAUGUGUCCGCCCCGAAUGCUGAUGCAAGUUGUGAGUCGGCUGUAUCGGCCCCUCACCAUUCUCUCAGAGAUGCUAAUAACCCUGCCGGACUUGUCUCGAUCGCAGAAGAGACCUUGGCAGAGUUCCUUGCAAAGGCUACUGGAACUGCCGUUGAUUGGGUCCAGUUGCCUGGGAUGAAGCCUGGUCCGGAUUCAGUUGGGAUCUUUGCGAUUUCACAAAGUUGCAGUGGAGUGGCAGCUCGCGCUUGUGGUCUUGUUAGUUUAGAGCCUACGAAAAUUGCCGAAAUUCUUAAAGAUCGACCGAGUUGGUAUCGUGACUGUAGGAGCGUCGAGGUUUUCACUAUGUUUCCUGCUGGAAAUGGAGGAACCGUUGAACUGUUAUACACACAGACGUACGCGCCAACUACUCUGGCUCCCGCUCGUGAUUUCUGGACUCUAAGAUACACAACCACCUUGCAGAACGGCAGUCUCGUGGUAUGUGAGAGAUCUCUUUCGGGUAGUGGGGCUGGCCCAAGUGUAGCUGCAGCGUCACAGUUUGUUAGAGCAGAUAUACUUCCGUCUGGUUAUUUAAUUCGACCAUGCGAAGGUGGUGGAUCAAUUAUUCAUAUUGUAGAUCACCUUAAUUUACAGGCAUGGAGCGUGCCAGAAGUGUUGCGGCCACUUUACGAAUCAUCAAAAGUCGUGGCUCAGAAAAUCACAAUUUCGGCACUACGAUACAUCCGCCAGAUAGCCCAAGAGACAAGCGGCGAAGUAGUUUAUAGUCUUGGCAGACAGCCAGCUGUUUUGCGCACUUUCAGCCAAAGGUUAAUCAGAGGCUUUAAUGACGCUAUUAACGGGUUCAACGAUGACGGCUGGUCAAUAUUGAGCUCCGAAGGUGCUGAAGAUGUAACAAUUGCUAUUAAUUCCGCCAAAAAUCCAACAACUAGUUCGAAUUCUUUGCUUGGAGGAGUUCUCUGUGCUAAAGCAUCUAUGCUACUUCAGAAUGUUCCUCCAGCUGUGCUGGUUCGGUUUUUAAGGGAGCAUCGAUCGGAGUGGGCGGAUUUCAAUAUCGAUGCCUAUGCUGCUGCCUCUUUGAAAGCAAGCACGUAUGGGUGUACGGGAAUUAGGGCUACGAGAUUCACCGGUAGCCAAAUUAUCAUGCCACUAGGUCACACAAUUGAGCAUGAAGAGAUGCUUGAAGUUAUUCGUUUGGAGGGACAACCGCUCAAUCAUGAAGAUGCUUUUGCAUCCAGAGACAUUCAUCUUCUACAGAUGUGCAGCGGAGUUGACGAGAAUGCAGUGGGAGCUUGCUCUGAGCUUAUUUUCGCACCAAUCGACGAAAUGUUUCCAGACGAUUCACCUUUGCUACCUUCCGGUUUUCGUAUAAUUCCACUUCACUCCAAACCAGAUGUACUGAACACACACAAAACACUAGAUUUGACAUCGAGCCUUGAAGUGGGCCCCACAAGCGGCAGUGCAGCAGAAAAUGCUGAGUCAUCAUCAUCAUCUCGCAACACACGAUCCGUGCUGACUAUUGCUUUCCAGUUCCCACUAGAGAGCAAUUUACAUGAAAACGUUGCUGCAAUGGCUCGUCAGUAUGUCAGAAGCGUAAUUUCCUCAGUCCAGAGGGCUGCAAUUGCAAUUUCUCCGUCGGGAUUAAGCUCCUCAGUGGGGCCCAGGCUGUCUGCAGCCUCUCCGGAAGCUCUAACACUUGCAAAUUGGAUUUGCCAGAGCUACAGCUGCCACGUGGGAUCCGAGUUGCUACGAGCUGAGUCAUCGAGUAGUGACUCAGUUUUGAAAACUCUUUGGCAUCAUCAAGAUGCCAUCUUAUGCUGCUCCUUGAAGCAGGCAGUGCCAGUUUUUAUAUUUGCGAAUCAGGCUGGGCUAGACAUGCUGGAGACUACUUUAGUUGCUCUACAAGAUAUCACGUUGGAUAAAAUAUUCGAUGAUUUGGGGCGAAAGGCUUUGUUUUCAGAAUUCGCUAAGAUCAUGCAACAGGGAUUUGGUUACUUGCCUGGCGGUAUAUGCAUGUCGACAAUGGGUCGACAUAUCUCGUAUGAACAAGCUGUUGUGUGGAAAGUCUUUGAGGCAGAACAGAACACCAUGCACUGCCUAGCCUUCUCGUUUGUGAAUUGGUUGUUUGUUUGAAUGCUUCAAAUUUAAUUUAUGGAUUUACACUUUUUUUACGAAAUAGAAGUACAGAUUGCAUCCAGAAGAAGGAUUUGAAAGACAAGAUGGAAUCGAAAGGUGGAUGCCGAAAGUUUUGUCGUGUUCAUACUUUCGUUAGUUUGUUUUGUGUUUAUUUUUUGGUAAUUUAAUUUAAAUUUGCCCUGUAUGUACUAUGUACUAAAGUUUUGAUCCUCCAGUGUAAAUUCAGUUUUUUGCU